CAUUCCACCCCUCUCAGUGCAUGCUGCACGCUUUAAGACUCUCCGCUCCAGCCUCAGCCCACACGAGCGGCAGGAUCGCGCAGAUGUGCCGGAUUAAACGUUGCUGAGGUGAGCUGCGCACAGAACCUCUACGGAUGUGACACUCCUGGAUAAAACCACAUUCCAAACUGCUCACAAGCUGAAAGGAACCAUUUGGAGAGAAGUUGGCUGGUGCACAAUCAGUGGGAGCAUCCUUUGGAGAAUUGUUUUGUUUAAACAGAGGAGUUGAAUGGAAAUGGAGAGGUGAGCGUUUCUGAUUCUCUGUUUCUCAGAACAUAGAUCUUCUGAAAAAGUGUUACAGAAGGACGCACCAAUCUUUGGGAGGACCAUCUACGAUGUCUCAAGGAUUUUAAAAACUCAGCACAAAUGUCAAUCAGACUGAAGAGCAGGAGGACCAGGUGGAGGAAGUGAUGCAGAUCAGGGGCAGCAGUGAUGAAGGUAAAAAAAGACAGGCAGCAAAGGUGAUGAAGAAGAUCAGGAGUGAAGAAUAUAGAGAUCAGUAUUAAAGUUGAUGAAGAUCAGUGAUGAAUGGUGGAGGUGAUGAUCUGCCCUAAAUGUGACGCACAUGAUCAGAGCUAAAUGUGAUGAUGAAGGUCAGUGCCAAGCGUGAUGAUCAGUCUUAAGCCUGAUGAAGAUCAGAAGAUCAGAAGACCAAUCUUAAGGGUGAUGUUGAUCAGUGGUGAAGAUUAGUGGUGAAUAGUGGUGAAGAUCAGAAGACCAGGAGACAGAUGGUCAGUGAUAAAGGUGGUGGUCAGCAGUAAAUGUGGUGAAGAACAGCCAUAAAGGUGAUGCAGAUCAGUAGAGCUGAGGAUGAGGAAGAUCAGUCCUAAAGGUGAUGAAGGUGAUCAGCGGUGAAAGCGAUGAAGAUUAGAGGCGAAUCGGACAAAGCGCGGUGUUGAAGUUGACGAAGAUCAGAAGAUCAGAUGCUGAAGAUGAGGAAGGCUGCUCGUGAAGAUGAUGGUCAGUGCUGAGGAAGCAGGUCAGUGGUGAAGCUGAGGAAGACCAGUGAUGAAGAUCCUGCUCCAGAGGCUCUGAACUUGUCUGAACUUUGUCACCAUGGCUCUGACCGAGACCUGCCGGCUCUAUCAGUCUCCCAAAGACGGUGGCGGCUCCGCUCACGGCGUUCAGGAGGUCAUCGAGCUGAACGUGGGCGGCCAGGUGUACUACACGCGGCGCGCGACCCUCACGGCUUUUCCGGACUCUCUGCUGGGACAAAUGUUCUCCCACGCGACCGGCGAGGUGGCGCGGGACGCGCGCGGCCGCUGCUUCAUCGACCGGGAUGGCUUCUUGUUCCGUUACGUGCUGGACUACCUGCGCGACCGGCGCGUGGUGCUGCCCGAGCGCUUCCCGGAGCGCGCGAGGCUCCGCCGCGAGGCUGAGUUCUUCCGCCUGCACGAGCUCGCGGGAAUCCUCGCGGCGGCGGAGGACGAGGUGGGCGACGGCGGCGGCGGCGGCGUACCGGACGACGCGUCUCCGGCCAGCGAGAGGACGGCGCGCGAGGGCGCGUGCGGCUUUCUGACGGUGGCGUGCAAGGGCGCGCGCGUAGGGGACGCGCCGCCACCGCGCAUCUCGGUGUGCGGCAGGGUCGGGCUCGCGCGCCAGGUGUUCGGUGACGCGCUGAGUGAGAGCCGCGACGCGGACCGGGCGCGCGAGCGAUACACCUCGCGCUGCCACUUGCGCUUCCGGCACGCGGAGCGCGCCUUCGACAUUCUGGCCGAAAGCGGCUUUCGCAUCGUCGCGUGCAGCACGGCGGUGGCCAGCAGGCACGCGGACGCGGAGAGGGGCGCGUGGAGCAGCAACACAGAGUACGUCUUCUACCGUGGCUCAUCAGGCUGGUCGUCCUCACAUUGUGAGUGCUGCUGUAAGAGCCAGAAGAGCGAACGAGAAGGCGAGAGCGGGACUUCCUUUAACGAACUCUCCACAUCCUGCUCUGAGACCCAGUCUGAGGCCAGUUCUCCUCAGGAGACCGUCAUUGUUCGGCCCACACCACGCCAGCCUAACGUCCAGACGCUGGACCGCGUUAUAAAGAAGAUUCCAGCCCCGGCUUUGCAGCAGGCCGAGAUGAGGCGCCGGACGGACCUGCUGAGGGCUCGCACCUCCGGCCCCCGUGACCUGCUGACCGCCAAGAGGAAAGCCAAGGAGAAGAUGACCCCCGAGCAGGAACUGCAGAAGUGCAUCCAGGACUUCCGACGAAUCAAAAUCCCUGAGCGCUUCCCAGACAGGAAGAACAUGUGGCAAUCUGAACUGCUGAGGAAGUAUCACCUCUGAAAGCUGGGAGCGUGUGUGCAUUUGAUACAUGAGCUGCUUAAUCUGCACUCAAGAUCUCACUCUGAUCCGCAAUCUACCGCUCUGAUCUUCCAGCCAGACGCUUAAUGCACUGCAAACAAUGCGGUUAACCUUGACUGAAUCAUAACUGUUCUGCUCCGUUCUGUUACAAAGCACAAUAACUCUGACGUUCACCCCUGAGCUGCGAAUCAAUUUCACACUGUCUAAACAAACCAGCCCUUUAAGAAACGCCACCGAAUGGGUUGGACACACACUGAAUAAGCACCCAUCACCUGCUCUCUGCACAUGCAGAACGCUGCAUGAAUCAGACACACCUGGCUCGACUCAGGAAUUACACUACUGCUUAGAAGUUUGGAAUCACGGUUUUCAGUAAUAUAAAACCAGUCAUGCCUUUCCAUGCUCCACCCACAGUACUUUUUUCAUAGCAUCUAGACAAGCUGUACAAGAACACUGAGCAAAAACCCCACACUGUUAACUUAAAAUUAUAAGGUAACUGAUUAUACAGAUAAACCAACUUGAAGACACUGUAGUUCAACCAACUCAAACUUCUUAGAUUAGUCAAGAUUUCUUUUAAUUAUUUUGCUCUGCUUCUCAGGUGGGUAGAUAAUAUAGAGUUAGUUUUUUUCACUCAGUUUUCCCGUAGCUUUCCAUCACAUAGUCCCAUCAGACAUUUUCUCCUCUUGGGUUCUCACUUAUGGAUGGCCAUGGCAUUGCUGGGCUUUGAACUCUUGACCUCCUGUUGGAGUGAAGACUUAAUGUGUUGCACCUGAAGUUACUCAGAUUUCGUGUCCGUAAAUGUUUAAUACAGAAAAUAUUUGCUAUUUUAACUUUGAAAAGUAGCAUGCUCACUUUUGGUAUGACUGUCUAACAGUUCAUCCCAACAUCAGGAGAUCAUGAGUUUGAAGCCCAGCAAAGCCACCACUAUCCAUAUCUGGAAGCUCAAGAGGAGAAAAUGCCUGAUGGGAUUGGGUGAUAAUUCCAGAGUUCCAGAUACUUGGAAAAAAACUAAUUUCAUAUUGUUAACCUAACUGAGAUGCAGAGCUAGAAAAGGAAGCAGGGAGAACCUUUGACUAUACUUUUGACUAUAAGUGUGUGAACCUAAUCUGCAAAUUUUUGUGUAAAACACCUACCUUUAGAACACACUACUAAUUUCCAAUGAGGUCUGUUUUGUAUGCAUGUGGAAGGUCACUCUGUUAUCUUUGUUGUGUAAUCAAAGUGACAUUAGCAUGGUGGUUAAUAUUUCCGACCUCACUAGUUUCAAAUAGCUACAACAACACAGUCCAGCUUGGUAGCAAAGCAUUUUAAACAGGAAACUCAGCUCUGUGUAAUGAUUUUUACCUACCUAUGCUAUUUCCUUUUAGGUUGAGUAGGAUUUCUACCAACCCGUGCUGUUUCUGAACAUUUGGGAGCUUUAAACAACAUCAUAGUAGGAGGGGAUGACUAAUCGUAUUAUUUUGAAUGCAAGAAAGAAAAAUAAUUAAUGUUGAAUUAUUUUUAUGAAAAGUUUAUUAACACAGUAAUUAACUGUAUGCAGGACAGUUACACAAUUAUACAUUAGCACAACUAAGUACACAACUAAAUAAAAUAAAGUACAAUGUACCCUUAAAAACAGUUCUUCAAGGUUUCUUUAGUGUUGGCCAUGAUCAUAUAAAGUUGUAUGUAAUAGUUUGGAAAACCCUGGUCAGAUGAUAUUUUUUGUUGAUUGAAGUAAAAACAUCCUCCAGAGAGAACAUGUAGGUUGACCAGGGGUGCCCAAACUUUUGCAUAUGACUGUAUGUAGAACCAUGACAAUGAACUAUUCAGUUUAUUAAGCAGUAAAAAUGCCAUCAACACAAUCAACACAAACAACACAAACAGACCAACAUUAGUUGCUUGAGUGAGGCUGAAGUUGGCUUCUGAAGUGGAUAAGUGCCAAACCUGAUGAGGCUACAUAUUAAAUUCUUUGACAUGACUGCAGUGACCAGCUGUUACUGGUCAGUGCUUUUACUGUGUGAUGAGCAGCAGACAGUAAACGUGUACAGAGCUGCAGUUUUUCUUCAGACUUGAGCGUCUGCUAAUUAUUGUUCCUGGUGGCACAGCGGCUACUGUUGAUAUAACGUUCUUCUGUCUGUUGCUUGGUAACAAAAGACUUGCUGUGUACAUUGAUAUACAUUAAGCUGAUGUGGAGAACUAAUAUGCAUUGUAAAAGAUUGUUGUGCCCUCAAAAUCACUCUGGAAUUACACUUGGUAACAAUUUAUUCAGAGUGGUUCUUUGUAGAUGAUUAAACACCUCUUAACAGAGUGUCAGUAACACAUCAACAACCUCUCAGUGAAGUAGCAGUAGUGAAGCAUCUGAAUUGCUUACAUUUAGUAGAGGUAUUAUUAAAAUGCCACAUGAAGUAGACCUUAUGUGGUACUUCCAUUAAUCAAAACCUAACCCUGGCCCUAAUCCUAACUCUCACCCUGGCCUUAAUCCUAACCCGAACCUUAAACUCAACCCAAAACCUAAUCCUAACCCUCACCUGGCUCUAAUCCUAAACCUAAUCUCAAC